AGAUUUCACCAUGAAAAUUUGUUUGCUUGUAUUGGUAUUGGCCGUCGGAAGCCAGGGAUUCCUGUUAGCUGAUUUGAAAGAAACUUUCCACAAAGUUGGAGAUGCGUUUACCUCAACCUUCCACACAGUUGGUGAACAGGCCAAACAAGUAGGAAACUCACUUUUGGGAACACUUAAGGAACAAGGCACGAGCCUUUUGGGCCAGACUGUACAAAGUCUAUUGUUAGGAGGAAUGCAGGCUUUACAAAACACUCAGGUCACCGAUGCUCCUACUAAGAGGAAUCUAGAAGCACAAAUUCUUGAGGCUGAGUUGAAAAGUAUCCUUGCCAACAAAUUAGGAAAAUACCAAACAACCUUCAACAGUGCCGUUGAUACUUUGACAAAACUAGGAGCUCUCUCUCAUAGUACCGAUCCAACACAAUUGGUAGAAGCUGUUGACGAAAUCGUCCACUCUCACAAUACAGCCUCCAACAAAUUAUUGAAAGAAUUGAUCCAGGAAGUUCAACAAGCUUUUGGAAAAUCUAUUGAUCUUACCAAAAGAUCAGCUUUAACUGAUUUACUCGGACAAGUUGGACAAGGUCUAGCUCAAUUCUUCCAACCUCAUCUUGAGGCAGCCAAAAACCUUGUCAAUGGUCUCGGAAAUGUUGUUAAACAAACAGGAACAGAUGUCGGACCAGCAGUCCAACCUCACGUUGACGCUUUGAAAACAUCCGGAGCAGCUUUAUUACAACACGGACAAAAUGCACUUGCUGCCUUGAAAGAUGCUGUAAAAGAUAUUCUACACCAGACCCUGACAAACAUGCAGCCACAUUUAGUAAAUGUUGUACAACACGGAACUGCCCUUGCUGGCCAAGCUGGAGCACAGUUCGCUAAAAAUCUAGGAACACAAAUGUUAUCUGGAUUACAAACAACACCACAAGAAGCUUAAACAUUAUGGAAAGAAUACAUUUUUUU